AUGCGUGCCAUUAUUGUGUCGAGUGUGAUUCUGUCUGCUUAUGCAGAUGGAAGCCGAGCUGUGGACUUGCACAACGAUGCACCGGUCGAAUCAGUGGGUCUCUUGCAGGAGCAUGUGGUUUUGCAGGAGCACCUGUCAAUGAAGAAGUCGCGUGACAUAUCAAAAGGCCACCUGCGACCUGGACAGAUGGCUUUGCAUCCAGAGGUCUCUGGUCUCAUCCAGAAGGCACAGCAAGAGCCCGACGUCACUGUUGAACACCAGUCGUGGUUCUCCAGGCUUGGAGAUGCAUUUUGGAGUGUUAUCGCCGGCCUAUGCUUGAUUCCGUUUUCAUUGGCUUUGAUGUGGAUGAACGAGCGGAGAAAUGCCCAGCAGGAGAGCAUCCUUCAGCUGGGAAUGUCGGAGGUGCAGACCAUUGCAUCCAAGUCGGUCGACGAAAAACUGCACGGAACGUUGGUUCACAUGAACGACGCCGAUGCUCAGGGUAUGGAUGAGAUGAAGGAUCGACGCUUCCCUGCACUUCGCAUGGAAAGUGGCUGCCUGAGGAUGAAGAGCCGAGUCCAGGUAUACCAGUGGAAGGAGACCAAGAAACAGGAGAAGAAGAAAGACUCUUUGGGUGGUGGCGAGACGACGGUGACCCACUAUGAAUACAGCAAAACCUGGUCUGAUACCCAGAUAGAUUCGACCUCGUUCCACCAGCCGUCGCACAGCAACUCUAUCUCCGUCGCCGGACUUCAGUGUGGCACGGAAAAGAUCGCCAACACCACGGUCAAGUAUGGCGCGGCCAGGCAGAAGAUACCAGAGGUUGCCAUGACUCGGGAGAUGAUGGGCCCACAUCUCCAUCUUGGAUUCUGUCGUUACUUUAACCAAACUCUCAAAGGGCAAAGGGCUGGGGAUGUUGUGCCCGUCAUCACUUUCAACAGCCUUUUCCUGGACUGCAAAGCAUUUGGCACUGGCUGGGAUCUCCAGAAGCAGGACGGAUAUUACUUGCCGAAGGAUAUGGUCGAGCAGCUGGACAACUGGAAAGAUGCCAAUAGCCAGGUAAAGAUUCUGGAGUACAACGGCAACCGAUUCGGCAAUCCAUCGGAAGGGUGGUUGUAUUAUCCAGAAAGCGCAGCCCAGUCUCCAACUGUUGGCAGUGUGCGUGUGUGUCUGGAAUACGUGACAGAUGGACCAGUUUCGAUUCUGGCACUGCAGUCGGAAGACGACAAGCAUCCACGUGCAGCCUCUUUCUUGCCAUACCGACUGGUCUCCCGAGGGCUCUGCUGUGGCCUCCGCGACGAAGCGUUGCAGAAUGCCCUUCUUACCCAGGGCCGCAAGAAUUCUCAAGAGCUCUAUGAGGAGGAAGCGUGGACUUCUGGCCCCUUUGCGUGCCUGUGUUGCUGCUGUAACCUCAUUGCGAGGCUGUUCGCUGCUCUUGCGCCUCCGCAGAUCUUCGCCGCCUACCCUGGGCACAGCCCUGUGGCGGAGGUCUUCGACAAGCUCGCCACGUCUGGCCUGGUGGUGAAGUGGGGUCUGCGGCUUUUGUCCUGGGUCCUUCUCUACGCUGGCACCUACGCCCUCUUCCAGCCGUUGCUGGUGGUCCUGGACAUUAUUCCCUUCAUCGGCAAUUACAUCAGCUCUGGGGCAGGCUGGCUGCUCGGUGUAAUUGUCUUCCUAGCGACGGCCGUCCUGGCCACCUUGGUCAUCUCCGUGGCCUUCCUCCGCUAUCACCCGCUUGUCGGCUUGACCUACCUGGCAGGUGUCGGCAUCAUCGUUGGCGCGACGAUCGGCAUCAUGCACGGCAUUCACAUGCUGGCCUGA